CUGGCAAAAUACGUGUGGUUUGACGGCAAGCUCGUUACCAUAGAUCAGGCACAGGUUCCAAUUACCACCCAUGCAAUACACUACGGCACAUCGGUAUUUGAGGGGGUUCGGGCGUACUGGAACCCCAACAACCUCUACAUAUUCAGGAUAGACGAGCACCUGCGGCGGUUUAGGAACUCGGGCGCAUACUAUUCCAUGUCGCUGAACUUUUCAAACGAGGAGCUCAAGGAGGCAAUGGUUCAGCUGUGCAGAAAGAACGGGGUGAGGGAGCACUGCUACAUCAGGCCGUUUUACUUUAUCGGGCAGUAUGGCAUCAACCUGCAUGUUACCGCCGAUGCCCCCACGCAUGCCGCGAUGUGCGUGUUCUCGUUUAGUGAUCUAUUUGACAAGAACGGAAUCUCUGCCUGUAUCACGUCGUGGAGAAAGUUCUCGUCGGCAUCCACGCCCACGCAGGCAAAGAUGGGGGGAAACUACCUCAACUCCAUAAUUGCCACAAUCGAGGCAAAGAACAGGGGGUUUGAUGAGGCCAUAUUCCUCGACCUCGAGGGGCACGUAAGCGAAUCACCCGGAGAGAACAUCUUCAUCAUAAAGGACAGCCGCCUGCUCACGCCGCCGGUCGGCUCUUCUGCCCUCAAGGGCAUCACCCGGGAUACCAUACUUGAGAUGGCAAAGGACACCGGCUAUGACGCGUCCGUGCAGACUAUAGACAAGCAGGACCUGUAUGCGGCCGACGAGGUAUUUCUGUGCGGCACGGCAGCAGAGAUCACUCCGGUAACCGGCAUAGACGGCGAGAAGAUAGGCACAGGCAGGCCCGGCCCCGUUACCCAGAGGAUCAUGGACGCAUAUGAUGACGCAGCGAACGGCAGGAACAUGAGAUAUUCCCGGUGGCUGACGGAGGUGUACUAG